ACUUUUAUUUCUCCAACCAAAAAGCAUCGCGGGUUAAAACAAAAUAAAAUCAAGAAAUUUCGCAUUUGGCACUACUUUUGGGGGACGUCAAUCCGCCUCAUUGAUGUUCUCAUUGGUACAUAGGCCAAGGACAUGUAUUAACUAACCCUUUUCCAUUCCUCCCUAACCUACAUAGCUAUCUCUUUCCCCUCUUUGUUCGCAUAUUUAACUCUUCUUCAAGCUUUAUACUUUCCCUACAAUCAGCUCUAAUCAUAGUUUCGAUUAUCCCUUCGCCGGGACGAUACUUCUAAAUAUCGACAUCUUCUCGAUUGCGCAUUACAGAAGAUUAUGGGAAGGUUCAAUUGGAGGAAGCUCCUGGGAUGGGAUCGUCACCCGUCGAACGGUCAUCACGAUUGGUCAAUUCAUGAACCCCAUCGUCAACUCCUCCCCGUUCAUCAAGACGAUUCGGUCGAAUCUGCCAUUCCCGCUCCAGAAGUUACCAAGGUUGCCCUCCGCCUCCGAUACCUUAUCGAACAGUGCGUGCCAUGCGAAUUAGAAGAGUUGCAAAUUACCCGGCCCCAUAGCAAGAUAAUUACACCCAAAGUCAUUAAAGCUGCAAAAGAGGCCGGCGGGUCAGAGAAUAGCGCAUGUGUAGUCUUCUGCCUCUUGGUUGUCAAACGUUGGUUUAAACAUCAAGCCGUAGUUGAGCUUUGGGAUGCCGACCUGCAUCAAAUCCGGGCUACCGCUUGCGAGGUCAUAGCGAAGCAGAUCAUCGAGUCUGAAGAUGAUAUACCUUAUCUGCUACAGUCGAUUCUGCUUAAGCGCUACUCCAUCGUCGUCGACGGCGAGGAGACCCCGCCUGUUAACGCUAUCGAGAAAGCUGUCGAUCUUCAUGCCCUGCGUGUAAUUGCUUCUUCAGGCUACCAGAAAUGUAUUAACUAUCUCUGGAGAGGUUGGCUCGUCCAGGACGAGAAUGAUCCUUCGAGCUUCGUCGACUACAAGGAUCGCGACAACACUACGUUCAUGCUUCAUUUGGAUCCCGACCGCAUGCGAGCGCCCAUGUACCAAAACGCCCUCCAACUAAUCAUUUCUUUCGUUUACCUGGCUCUCUACACUGGUGCGAUCAACACCAUUAACCCUGAUGGUGACCUGGACUUUGUCGAAAUUUUACUCUACGUUUUUACGUUUGGCUUCCUAUUUGAUGAAUUGGCAAAGUUCUAUAAAGCCGGAUACCACAUUUUCAGCUUCUGGAACGCAUUCAACAAUGUCCUAUACUCGCUACUGAUGGUUUCGCUCGCUAUGCGCAUAGUCGCCUUUACCCACUCACCAGAUGACGAUUCCCGUCAGAAAUUCAACCAGCUUUCGUAUAACUUCCUCGCGUUUACGGCGCCUAUGUUCUGGAUCCGCCUGCUGCUCUAUAUGGAUUCAUUCCGCUUCUUCGGUGCGAUGCUUGUUGUGCUAAAGGUGAUGAUGAAGGAAAGCAUGAUCUUCUUUGCUUUGCUAAUUGUUGUCGUUGUCGGUUUCUUGCAAGCUUUCAUUGGCAUGGAUUAUGCAGACGACAUGACGGGAGAGGAUACGAUGUUCAUCCUACAAGCUAUGGCUAAUGCUAUCAUGCAAAGCCCAGAUUUCAGCGGGUUUGAACGUUUUAGCCCGCCGUUUGGAAUCAUCCUCUACUAUCUCUUUACAUUCGUCGUCAUGGUAAUCUUGCUAAAUGUAUUAAUUGCACUUUACAACAGUGCCUACGAGGAUAUAUACGACAACGCUGACGAUGAGUUUCUGGCGCUCUUUUCUCAGAAGACCAUGCAGUUCGUGCGUGCACCAGACGAGAACGUUUUUAUCGCCCCGUUCAACUUGAUUGAAAUAUUUCUCUUAAUCAUUCCUUUCGAGUGGUGGAUGCCGAAGAAGCAAUACGAACGUCUUAAUGACAUUGUGAUGGGAAUAAUAUACUCCCCCUUACUCUUUUGCUCUGCCUUGUUCGAAGUCAGGGCAGCUAAAGAUAUCCGUCGAAAUAGGAGGAGGGGCGAGGAAGACGAUGAUACCGAAGAGGAAUGGGAGCAGAUGGCGAACGAUAUUGACUUUGAAAGCGAGGGCUGGGCAAAGAAGGUUGCUAGUAGCAAAGCUAACAUCGAAGAGGAUCCUACCAUGUUAGAGGUCAAGAAGCUGAGAGAGGACGUUGAGCAACUAAAGACAUUACUGGAAAAAGUUGGCAAGAACAUCAAUGACAAGGCUGGAGAUGAUGAUUUACUUUGAUAUAUGAUACCAUAGGCGAGGACAGUCUACUUGUAUGGCGAUCAUAAUGAGUUGUAGUUUUAUUUAAUAAUCUACAUUAAUACCAGUAUAGUGUCUCGCUUGCAUUAAAAUGGUCAAUUGGCGAACUAGAAGAAUUAUGAUAUGUGCCUAAUGUAUAAUACUUAAACGACAAUGAGAUCAGAUGAUUAAACAAUGAUCCCCCCAAGCCAGACACUUCUUCUUACGAGGUUGCUUAACCUAAUUCUCACAUACAAUUAGAGUCCGAGUCUCAUACUUCCAUCAAUGGGCCUCUAUGGAGUGAAAGCC